GUAGGCUGUGUGUUCAAUGCUCAAAUUGUUCUGCCGGGUCUUGUGAAUCGAAAAUAAAAGAUAAGCUUGUGAAACGAAAUGCCUAAAUCCCUAGGAAAUUGUCAGCUUAAUUAUUCAAAGGAACGCAUGUGGGAACCCGGCUACCUUAAGGCAAAAUGUGCAGAGUUGCGUUUGGAAAGCGAGUUUCGACUGUAUCGGAUACGGCUUUGGAAGAGUUACCUACUCACUUUCUUUAUGCUGCAUAUUUUCGUUACCUCCGUGCACUGCACCUUACUCUUAACAACAAUUGAGAGCCGAUCAAUUAUUUAUUUCGAUGUGGCCCUUACCAUAGGAUGCGCAUUGGUUCUUAUACUUGUGCUGAGUGUUAACUUCUGCGAUGAAUUUAUUGCGAAACACACGUGGUACAUGUAUGCCAGCUCGAUAUUUGCCUCCCUGACUUUGGUAUUCGCUGAUCUAACUGAAUCAAUUUACCACACCUAUGCGCACAGCUGGAUACUGGGCACAUUCUACGACACCUACAUAAUAUACAUGAUAUACAUGUUCCUGCCGAUCCACUUCAUCAGCGGGGCAGUCCUGCUGGCUCUGGUGGUGUCCGGUAUCUAUAUACUCUACUUUGUGAUCUUCAUUGCCCACGGCUUCGCCGAAUUCGCGUCUGCCCUAUUCUCGGUGGGCGGAAUGUCAGUGGACAUGGUGCACUACCUGUGCCUUAAUCUUGUGGGCAUUUUCUACCGCGUUAUGAACGACACGGUGGUGCGCUCCUCCUUCCUGGACCGACACCAGUACAUCAAGGAGAAGAUCUGGCUGCGCAACGCACGGCUGCAGGAGAAGAAGUUGCUGGACAGCAUCCUGCCGCCGCAGAUCUCGCUGCCCCUGCAGAAAGACAUUCAGGGCAGGAUCAUAAUGGCCAAGCAAGGUAUUCACUCCUGGACCGCCAUGGAGCGCAGAAUGGCCAUACAGAUCCAUCCCGAUGUCUCCAUCCUGUAUGCAGACGUGGUGAACUACACUCACUUGACCACCACACUGACGGUGGAGAUGUUGGUGAAGGUCCUGCACGAUCUCUACGGCAGAUUCGAUUUGGCUGCCUAUCGCUACAAGGUGCAGCGCAUCAAGUUCCUGGGGGACUGCUACUAUUGUGUGGCGGGUCUGUCGGACCCCGAUCCCGAUCACGCCAAUAACUGUGUUAUCCUAGGUCUUUCCAUGAUUAACCACAUCAUGGAGGUCCGGGACAUUCAUGGCUUGGACAUCAAUAUGCGCAUUGGAGUUCAUUCGGGCAAUCUGUUUGCUGGGGUCAUCGGGGAGGCCAAGCUGCAGUUCGAUAUAUGGGGAUUGGAUGUUACCAUAGCCAAUGUUCUAGAAUCAACUGGAGUGCCGGGAUGUGUGCACAUAAGUAGUGCCACCUUAAACAAUCUGAACGUUAAUCGCUUCGACAUUGAGGAUGGACCUGAAAAAGCCAGGGAUCAUCCUCUUCUGAAAAAAUACCGAAUAAGAUCAUAUAUAAUUCGAGAGGACUUGCAAAUGGAUGACGAAGAUAGUGACGAGUUUCUUGACGAUCUGCAUACCCUUUCCCUGUGCGAUAUGGGAGCUCCACCAAGACUGAGUGAUUCUGCUAAUCAAAGUCUAAGGGCGCUUUUCCACGAAGAAUUGCGUGAAGAGUUUCGCAAAAUGCCGGUCAGUGCAUUUAGUCCCAAAAGGCUAUUGGGCAUUUGUCGUUUCAACAUAGCACAAGAAGUUCCUGCACACCAAAAGUUAAACAUUUGCUUGACCUUUACCGAUCCGAUUUUGGAAAGAGCCUAUCUGAAGCAAACCGACUAUAUGUACAAAUACAGCAUUAUUCUGGGCGCAUGCGUUGGCUGCUCACUGGUGUACAUUGAACUGAUGGACACCCAAAUGAUAUGCCCCUCCUGCUUCGUUUUGCCAGCCGCAGUCGCCAUAAUACAGUGCAUUCUGGCCUUAAUCGCGUGGUACAAGAAGUAUUGUUGGACCAGAUAUGGCCGGAAAAAUGUGCCCCAUCAUUACAAUGGAUUCAGUUGCAUAAUAUUUCGCAUCCAUGACAAGAUCCUAAACAGUCUACCCAUCCGCAUCUGCAUAUACCUCUUUCUAAUGAUAUCGAGUUUUUUUGUUAUGUGCGUAAUUGUGAUGAGCUGCCAACGCGAAGACUUCGAGAUGGCUUAUAUCGAGGAAAGACUCUUUCACUAUGAGCAGGAGGCCAAGAUAUGCUUUCAUCCCUGGGUGACGACCAAUAUGUUAUCCCUGAUGAUUUGUUUGACCUUCACAUUCGCCCACAUACCCAUCAUGGUCAAGACGGCAGUGGCCCUUUUGGAGACGCUCGCCUAUCUGCUAUUGAUUUUCUUCCAGUUCGAUUUCGUCUUCCAUCACAGCGUUACGACAAACCCCUAUUUCAAAUCCGAGUACGCCCAUGCCCUGCUAAUAUGCAUCACUUUUCUAAUCAUGCUUGUGAAGGAGCGCCAAAUAGAGUUCACCAACAAAGUAAACUUCAACUGGCGUGUUGAUCUGCGAAAGGAGGAGAAUGCCGCCAACCUUACAAAUCAUUCGAUCAUCAUAAUCCUCAACAACAUACUGCCAUCUCAUAUUGUGGAUGUGUAUCUCAAUUCGUUGGCCAAACAUGAACUCUACUUCGAAAACUAUCGAAUGGUGUCUGUCAUGUUUGCCAUGCUGAUUAACUUUGAAAUGGAUCUUCGAAGCUUAAGAGUGCUCAAUGAGAUUAUUGCCGAGUUCGAUACCUUGUUGCUGUUCUACAAGGAGUAUUACACGGUUGAGAAAAUCAAAAUCGUCGGCUGCACCUAUAUGGCGGCGUGUGGACUUGAUCUUAACUUUGCCGGCUCCACUAGUACAAAUCGCAAAGAGAGCAUACCUCCAACUGAAUGCAAUGAAGAACACGGCCGAAGACUUCUGUUCCAGCAGAACAAUGAGGACCUCGAUGAAGUGGUCUUUGUGAUGACCUCGUAUGCGCUGGACAUGAUGCGAACCCUGGCCAAGAGCAAUGAGACGUACCAGAGUAUUGCUGGUGAUCGAAAUAUUACGGAUGGAACAAUCGCCAUCGGCAUUUCCAGCGGUGAGGUGAUGGCCGGCAUUGUGGGUGCCUCGCAGCCGCACUACGACAUCUGGGGCAAUCCGGUCAACAUGGCCUCGCGAAUGGAAUCAACGGGGCUGCCAGGACACAUCCAGGUGACGGAAGAGACGUCCAAUAUUCUGCAACAGUUCGGCAUUACCUGUUCUUAUCGCGGCAUGACUUUCGUUAAGGGUCGUGGCAAAAUACCAACCUAUUUGGUUGGUAUCGAUGAGAACCUUAACUUUAUUCCACAGAAGGCAACGAGAUUUCCAAGUCACCAGGAGCGCAGUACUGUUAUAUCAUUGCAAUCCACCUAUACUCAUCCGGAUAUGACUAACAGUAUAGCUAGCACGUCUCGACACACUUUGCAAAGUAUAUAAAUGAGUUUUUUGUUAGUUAAAUAACUAAGCAAUGUGGCCUUUAUGUUAUAUGCUU